AUGCAUGUGUCUACGGUAACUGACAGCAAAGAGACAGAAUCCAAUCGAGCAGAUGAGUCUUCUGAGCUGUUGACUUAUCGUUUAGCCAAUAUCUCAGAUUGUGAAUCAAUUUCGAUAUUAGUCAAUGGGGCCUAUCGUGGAGAAUCAUCCCGUCAAGGUUGGACUUCCGAAUAUGAAUUUGUUGGUGGCCAAAGAAUCGACCCGGAUACGUUAAUACAAAUGAUUACCAGUGAUGGCUCAGUCAUUUUGCUAUUUUUCGAUCGAGAUACAAAAGUUUUAAUCGGUUGUGUCAUGUUGCAAGAUACCACAAAGGCUACGAAUACCCAUCUUGGUUGUUGUAUACCUUUGCAUCAGAAUACAGAAGUCAAAAAAGUUUUACUAAGUAUGUUAACUGUGCGUCCAGAUCUACAAACACGUGGCUAUGGAAAAUUCAUUAUAUCAGUGGCUGAAAAUUUUGCUCGUCAUCAUUGGCAUGCACAAUUAAUUGAAAUGAGCGUCCUUGCCCAUCGAACUGAAUUAAUUGCCUAUUACAUUCGUCGUGGUUAUAAUGAUACAGGUCGACGUCAACCAUAUUCUAUGAAUGACGUUCGAUUUGGUAUUCCAAAGAAAAAUGAUUUAGAAAUUUGUAUUUUAGCAAAGUCGCUUUAA